AUGAGACCUACGCAAGCUCUUAUGGGAGGACCCAGCGUCCCCCACGGAAAGUACUCUCACUACCUCGGCUGGUGGGGACAUAUUGGUGGCGAGAAGCAGAGAGGCAUCAUCACCUACGGCAUCACCCCCAACCGUCAGAACCCUUUCGCCGGUGCCGCCCACGACGCCGUCUUCAACACCUGGCGCCGCUUCAGCCAUCAGGUCCUCUACUUCCUUCCUCCCCUGGUCGCCGGCUGGUACAUCAUGGACUGGGCCACCCACCGCAACCACUACCUGAACUCCAAGCAGGGCCGCGCCGAGUUCGGUGAUGAGGAGUAA